GGCCGGAAGUGGGGGGAAAGCGAGGCCAGGCCGCUGAACGGAAGUCGUGCGGCUGAGGGGGAAACGAAGCGGCUUCGAGUGACGGAGCGAGGAGGAUGAACAACAAAUUCGACGCGACAAAUAGUCCCCCUUGUCAUUCUCAAAGUCCUGUUAGUUUGAAGGAUGACGACAGUGGCGAUCAUGACCAGAAUGAAGAGAACAGCACACAGAAAGAUGGUGAGAAGGAAAAAAACGAUAAAGACAAACCCCAAAACAGCACCAAGAGGAAGGCUAACUCUGUUCACUGCCAGAAGUUCAGUCCUGACCAGCUCAAGGUUAACUCAGCCUUCCAUCCUUUCAAGGCUGCGGUUCCAGGACCAGCUGAGCACCCUCUGCAGUAUAACUACACCUUCUGGUACUCCAGACGGACCCCGGGGAGGCCCACCAGCUCUCAGAGUUAUGAACAGAACAUCAAGCAAAUUGGCACCUUUGCCUCUGUGGAACAGUUCUGGCGGUUUUACAGUCACAUGGUCCGUCCUGGGGACCUGACAGGCCACAGCGACUUCCAUCUUUUCAAAGAAGGGAUUAAGCCCAUGUGGGAGGACGAUGCCAACAAGAACGGGGGCAAGUGGAUCAUCCGCCUGCGAAAGGGCCUCGCAUCUCGGUGCUGGGAGAACCUCAUUCUGGCAAUGCUGGGAGAACAAUUUAUGGUGGGGGAAGAAAUCUGCGGGGCCGUCGUCUCCGUCCGUUUCCAGGAGGAUAUCAUCUCCAUAUGGAACAAGACAGCUAGCGAUCAGGCCACCACGGCCCGGAUCAGGGACACUUUACGACGCGUACUCAACCUUCCCCCCAACACCAUCAUGGAGUACAAAACGCACACGGACAGCAUCAAGGCCUGGGAAGAUUUUCACGGCCUGGUGAACAACAGCAGCCGCUGAAUGAGCGUCCUCCCUCCCUCUCUCACAGGCCCAGGGGAUAACUCCAGCUUCCGAAACACCAAGAUCACGUUGUGACAAGGAAGUGAGGAUGGAACACCAAGCGGCGCCUCCUCCGUCCGGCCUGGAGACUGGGGAAGACGCCUCCCUCGACGCCCUGCAAUCAAAGCUUGCGGGACGGCCUGGACCCUUGAGCCUUCAAGACGGCGUUUACACCCGUGUCAAAGACUGACCUUCCGGCAGCCCAGAGACCUGCCAGGCUGAGCAGGGAAAACUGUCCUCUGGCGUUCCUCAGGACCCUUCCCAGCCGGCUUCCCUCCAGGCAGCUCCUCUUGUUAAGGGCUCACGUUCGCCCGGAGGGUUUCCAGUAUUAUGAGGGUCUCCGCUGCGGCAGAGGCCGUCAGAGAAUUGACACCCCUUCCUCUGCCAAUAAACCAUUAGGCUCCUACUUGGUGGUCCUCUUCCUC